CGAAGCUUCUGGUCAGGACUGGAUUGAGAUUGAGAUCUGCUUCAACAAAUCAAAAUUGAAUUGUUUUCUUCUCAAUCUCUCCUUCGCUUCGUUUUCCAAUUUCAGAAAACAAUAAACAAAUACAAAUUGUACAAUCGGUUGUCGUCUUGUUCCUAUUGAGUUUUGUCUUUGUGGCUAAGCAAUCGAAUUUCUCAAAUUCACAAGGGAAACUGAAUCCUGCGUUUUUGCUGGAAGGAAGGAAUAACCUCUCUCAAUGUCUUCCCCUGCAGAAUUCUACAAUUCACUUCCACCUGUAAGCAAGGCUUAUGGGACCCUAUGCGUGCUCUUCACUACUGCAUUCCAAUUUGGAUUGUAUCAUCCUGCAUAUAUUGCAUUGAUAUAUGAGCGAAUAUUCUCACGAUUCGAGGUUUGGAGGCUGAUUACCAACUUCUUUUUCCUUGGCAAGUUCUCUAUUAAUUUUGGGAUUCGCCUUCUAAUGAUAGCAAGAUAUGGAGUCCAACUGGAGAAUGGACCAUUUCAGAGGCGUACAGCAGAUUUCCUGUGGAUGAUGAUAUUUGGAGCUUUCACAUUGUUGGUAUUGUCUGCCAUCCCCUGGUUCUGGUCCCCAUUUUUAGGUGUGUCACUGGUCUUCAUGCUUCUUUAUGUCUGGAGCAGGGAAUUUCCAACUGCUAACAUCAACAUUUAUGGUCUCGUGACACUUAAGGCAUUUUAUUUACCUUGGGCCAUGCUUGUUUUGGAUGUGAUUUUUGGUUCUGAACUGGCACCAGAUCUAUUGGGUAUCAUUGCUGGGCAUCUGUAUUACUUCCUGACUGUGUUGCAUCCACUUUCUACUGGGAAAAACAUACUGAAGACUCCCAUGUGGGUACAUAAACUGGUUGCUAGGUGGGGAGUGGGAGCUCCAACACCUGCUCGCACCCAGCCUGGCCAGCCAGACCAGACUCCUGGUGUGGCCUUCAGAGGGAGGUCGUAUCGAGUUGGUGGAUGAUGCAUGGUUGCUUUCUCAUCCUUUGCACGAUCAGAACAUUCUAUGUCGGAUCAUUUUUCGUUUUUCUGGCGACAUUCCUGAAGGAGGCCACUAACAUGACUCAAUUUGUUGAGUGACAGUGGAAAAGAUCUCAAUUAAUGGGUACUCAGUAGUAGUAGGUUGCGGCACAAGGGUUUUUUCUUUGUUCUAGAGGCAUCUUGAGAAUGUUCACAAGUGUAGAUCAUGAACUUGAAUCAUAGCUUGUCAGUGUGCUCCUCUUUAACUUUUAUACUGUGAAUUGAGUAGUUAAGAUGGGUGAGUGAGAAAUGUAGGACCAUCCCUUUACAUGAGUAGAGCUGCUCCAUCUGGUAACAAUUGGGUAUGUUUCUCUUGUGCUUGAGGAUGCCAAUUUUUCUUCAAAAAAAUAUGCACUUUGGGUUUUUUCAA